AUGUUGAUUUCUCCCUGGGUUGAGAAGGGUGUUGUUGAACAUAAGGCAAGCAAAAAUGAUUAUACCCAUACAUCUAUUCUCUCAUUCGUUUCUGAGCUUUGGGGUUUGGAUCCUCUUACUCCCCGUGUGGAGUGGUCGCCUUCAUUCAGCAGCUUGAUCACCAACAAGUACCGGGAUAGCCCCGAGACGCUCCCUAAUGCCGCUGGUUAUCCGCUGAAGCAUCAAUUGCACUCUCAUUGA